AUGGCAGAAGGCAGCGAAGAUUCGUACCUUUAUAUGAAAAGCCAUUCGAAGGCUCUCUAUGAGUGUACCAAUUCAGAAACUUUUCCUGGCAAAAUGUCGUCUAGCUGCGUCUCAAAGAAGGCCAGCACCAAUACCCAAAGCUUGCCUACGUCAAACAUUCGUCCUCAGAGUCAUACAGCAGCAGUUGGACACAGCGACUACUCUACAGUUCCUGCUACGCCAUCUAAUCAUGAUGAUUGCAUGGCCUUCGACCUUUACGAGCAAGACCCCGACACGGAUUUCCAAUGCGAGGAUUACAACCUUCGUAGACAGUCGUCGGACUUUCAAUUCAAUUCUGAGGAUAUGAUUGUGUUGCCAAUAAGACUCAAGAAACCAUUCACUUCUGCCACGUUUGACACACCUCCUUCCACUGAAGUCGACGAGUUCGACUACGCUGACCAGCACGUAUAUUACAGCCAGCUUAUCACCACUGUUAACUCAAACUCUGCGGUACAUGAAUACAGUACACGCAAAGGACCGCUGUGGGACUGUGCGUGGGAAAUUCUCGUGCCCAAAGGUCUUCAUCCGUCAUAUCUUACAGAGAGUGAGUUUGUGAAAUUGGUGUUGAGCCAAGGCAAUGAAACGACCAGGUGGAUGGAUAUCCACAUUCCAAUUCUGCACAGGAGAGCGCUCCAAAAGGCAGCCGCCGCCCGACAAAAACUCACCAAUGCCGGUAUAUCUCCUUUCGAACUAACCCAAGAAUAUCUGGAGGCUUUUGAAUGGAUGGACAAGAUUGAGCAAGAUAAUUUUGUUAAGACUAUGCAGAAGUUGCAAUUACAAGUUGUCUUUCAAAAACAAGGUCUUUCGAUGAGAAUCGAAGAUGUUGACGAUAUCGCUCCCAAGGAUGAGGAGAAGCUUAUUGGAAAGUCACAUACGAAGCUGGUCGAUGGUUCUUGCAUUCCAAGAGACUAUUCCUCUGACUCUGACUCUGACUCUGACGAUUCCUUCAUGGCGGAAGAAAUUACCCUCGAAGAAUUUGAGAACCAGUUCUGGAACAAUGAUUUCAAGAAGGCUCCUGCUUCAUUCGGCAGUAUGCCCAUCCAAGAAACAGAUCAGUCUCCUACAGAGGACGAUGAAGCGUUUAUCGCGAAAUGCCUUGGAGCACUCAUGGGUGCCUCUUCCACUGAUACCGAUCCAUCCAAGCAACUUUUCGAGCACAGCAAAAAUAGUCAAGUCCUUGAAGACUACAUCGGUGCCCAUCAGGACACCCAGAGCACCCAGAUCCCCGAAAAAGUCCGCUCGAGACUGGAUCAAUUCCCACCACAUGAGGCUUCCAGCCCCUCUACUCAUACCUCAUCUUAUGAUCUACCUAAGGAUCCAAGUACUCAUGUCGUCUUCUCCCUCCAAGAUCCUCUUCCAAUAUCUCCUACUCGAUCCGCUCACCCUGCGUCAUCCGGUCAUCCUUCCGAUAGUUCGUCCUCUCAUAGUUCCAGUUCUGACGGUAGCGGCGGCAGUGGUACCCCCAUGACAAAGAGCGGAAGUAAUGGCGGCCAAAGCCAAAAAUCUAGCAAGACGGAAGGAAGCAGCAUCAGUGGAAUGAGCGGAACAGGGGCCAAGCUUGGUAGCAUCAGCAAGAAAUUGGGCGAAUCACCAAAGUCGUUGAAAAAGAAGCUGAGUUCGGUGUUUGGAACUAUUGGAAGAUCGGGAAAACGUAAUGCUUGA